AUGUGAUCCCAUAACAGAGGAGAAAAACUCUGACGUGUGUUGGUUCUAUCUUACAAAGGAAACUCCAGAAUCUGUUCUUCACCCUCCCACGCGUCCCAUAUAGCCGUCUCUUCAAGCGCGCUCUCUCUCUCUCUCUCUCUCUCUCUAUAUAUAUAUAUAUCUGCGUACAACCAAUCAAAGUUCCCAAAUCCAAGCCCUAACUCAGUGAAAAUGUUGAGGAUGGUGUCGAAGAAGCUGCUCGGGAUUCCCUCCCCAUCGCCUCCCCUACAGACUCUGCCACGUCUUUACCACCAGAAUGUCAUCAAUCACUACAGCAAUCCUCGUAACGUCGGUUCCUUCGACAAGAACGACCCCAACGUUGGUACCGGCCUGGUCGGCGCUCCUGCUUGCGGUGAUGUUAUGAAGUUGCAAAUCAAAAUCGACGAGGAUUCCGGCAAAAUCGUUGAUGCUUGCUUUAAAACCUUCGGUUGUGGCUCGGCCAUUGCCUCUUCUUCUGUUGCUACUGAAUGGGUGAAAGGGAAAAGCAUGGACGAAGUGCUUACUAUUAAAAACACGGAGAUCGCGAAACAUCUAUCACUUCCACCAGUUAAGCUGCACUGCAGUAUGCUUGCUGAAGAUGCAAUUAAGGCAGCUGUGAAAGAUGCUGAAGCUAAACGUGGCAAAAUGAAUGGUAAUUCCAAGGCUGCUGAUGCCUGAUGUAUGUGGAUAUGCUAAGGAAAGAACUCUGGAAACUUUGAUUAUCAUCUAAUCGUAUGUAAAGUUGGAAGAUGGCAUGCACCCGGGGGGGGGGGGGGGUGAAAAGAGUAUACUACUUGUCCAAAAGAUGUGUUUGGUCAAUGAUAAAACUUAUAACUACUGAAUAAAGCAUUGGUUGAGUCCAGACGCGAUCAUUAUAGCAAUAUUAAGCUUAUUGUUGCAAGUUCUAA